AUGACCCACUCCCAGGUGUCCUCCGAGCUCCACCACAUCGUCUCCACAGCCUUCCAGAGCGUGUUCGUGGAGCUGAACGAGCUGGUGGUGGACAAGAACCAGGAGCUGCAGUGGAAGGAGACGGCGCGCUGGAUCAAGUUUGAGGAGGAUGUGGAGGAGGAGACCGACCGCUGGGGCAAACCCCACGUGGCCUCCCUCUCCUUCCGCAGCCUCCUGGAGCUCCGCAAGACCCUGGCCCACGGGGCUGUGCUCCUGGAUCUGGACCAGAAGACACUGCCAGGGGUGGCUCACCAGGUGGUGGAGCAGAUGGUCAUCACAGACCAGAUCCGGACCGAGGACCGCGCCAAUGUGCUGCGGGCGCUGCUGCUCAAGCACAGCCACCCAAGCGAUGAGAAGGAAUUCUCCUUCCCGCGGAACAUCUCGGCGGGCAGCCUGGGCUCCCUGCUCGUGCACCACCACAGCACCAACCACGUGGCUGAGGGCGCCGAGCCGGCUGUCACCGAGCCCCUCAUCGCUGGCCACGCUGCCGAGCACGACACACGUGUGGACGUGGAGCGGGAGAGGGAGGUCCUCACCCCCACGCCCCCAGCCGGCAUCACUCGCUCCAAGUCCAAGCAUGAGCUGAAGCUGCUGGAGAAGAUCCCGGACAAUGCCGAGGCCACGGUGGUGCUUGUGGGCUGUGUGGAGUUCCUGGACCAGCCCACCAUGGCCUUUGUGCGGCUGCAGGAGAAGCUGAGCGUGCCCAGCGGGUUCUCGGUCACGGCCCCGGACAAGCGGGGCUGGGUGAUCAACCCCCUGGGUGAGCAUAGCGACUUCCCCGUGUGGAUGAUGGUGGCCAGUGGCCUCCCUGCCGUCCUCGUCUUCAUCCUCAUCUUCAUGGAGACCCAGAUCACGACGCUGAUCAUCAGCAAGAAGGAGCGGAUGCUGCAGAAGGGCUCUGGGUUCCACCUCGACCUCCUGCUCAUCGUGGCCAUGGGUGGCUUCUUUGCGCUCUUUGGGCUGCCCUGGCUCGCCGCGGCCACCGUGCGCUCGGUCACCCACGCCAAUGCCCUCACCGUCAUGAGCAAGGCCGUGGCACCCGGGGACAAGCCCAAGAUCCAGGAGGUGAAGGAGCAGCGGGUCACUGGGCUGCUGGUGGCCGUGCUCGUUGGGCUGUCCAUCGUCAUCGGGGACCUGCUGCGGCAGAUCCCGCUGGCUGUGCUCUUCGGCAUCUUCCUCUACAUGGGUGUCACCUCCCUCAACGGCAUCCAGUUCUACGAGCGCCUGCAGCUGCUGCUGAUGCCCCCCAAGCACCACCCUGAUGUCAGCUAUGUCAAAAAGGUGCGCACGCUGCGCAUGCACCUCUUCACCGGGCUGCAGCUGGGCUGCCUGGCCGUGCUCUGGGCCGUCAUGUCCACCGUGGCCUCCCUGGCCUUCCCCUUCAUCCUCAUCCUCACCGUGCCGCUCCGCAUGUGCCUGCUCAGCCGCAUCUUCACCGACCGGGAGAUGAAGUGUCUGGACGCGGCUGAGGCCGAGCCCAUCCUGGACGAGCGGGAAGGUGUGGACGAGUACAACGAGAUGCCGAUGCCCGUGUGAUGGUGCCAGCGGUGAUUCCUGUGGUGGAGGCUGGGCACAGCCAGACGGGGCCGGGGGCAGCAGCUUCGUGGCCAGACCCCCACACUCCCUGGGCCCUUGGGGGGCACCUGCCAAAGAGACACCGGCCCCAGGCUUGCCCUGCUGAGGCCCCUGACCCCCCUCACGGUACAGCCCCCUCGGGCACCUCCUGCCCACGGCGUGGGGCAGAGGCCCCUGGCCCCCCAGCAGCGCUGCAGGUCCCCCCAC